GGCUGUGUCGCGUUCCGGCGAAAACUGAGUAGAGUCAGUGGCGGGGUAGCAGCUGGGAUUGGACGCUGUCACGCUGCUCUCAGGAUGAGUCGCGGUGGGGGGAUCGUUUGCUGGAAGGAGCGGGUCUCUGCGCUCCGCUUCUUGCUGCCUGAUAGCUCCCCCACGGGCAUCAAGAGGCUUCUUUCCACAGCUGAGCUUGUACCUCGAAUAUGUAUCGUAGGCAGUGGACCUGCUGGAUUUUACACGGCCCAGCACCUCCUGAAGCACCACAAACAGGCUCAGGUGGAUAUUUAUGAGAAGCUGCCAGUUCCCUUUGGCCUGGUUCGUUUUGGAGUGGCUCCAGACCAUCCAGAAGUCAAGAAUGUGAUCAACACAUUUACGCAGACAGCACGCUCUGACCGCUGCUCCUAUUAUGGGAAUGUGACUGUGGGGAAGGAUGUAACUGUGGAAGAGCUUCAGAAAGCUUAUCAUGCUGUGGUUUUGAGCUAUGGAGCAGAGGACAAUCGGACGCUUGGAAUUCCUGGGGAGAGCCUUGCCGGAGUUUACACAGCCCGAGCGUUCGUGGGUUGGUACAACGGCCUGCCUGAGAACAGAGACUUGAAACCAGACCUGAGCAGCGAGACGGCUGUGGUCCUGGGACAUGGGAAUGUGGCUCUGGACGUUGCACGGAUUCUCUUAUCGCCUCUUGAAGUUCUUAGGAAAACUGAUAUCACUGAAGACUCGCUGACCGCCUUGGCUCGCAGCAAAGUGAAGCGGGUGUGCCUUAUAGGGAGAAGAGGUCCCCUACAGGUGGCUUUCACCAUAAAGGAGCUGCGAGAGAUGAUCAGCCUACCUGGUGCUAGGCCUCUCCUAGAUCCUGCAGACUUCAGAGGCCUUGGAGAUGCUGUCAAAGACGUCCCCCGACCUAGGAAGCGGCUGACGGAGCUGAUGGCCAAGACAGCCUUAGACGAACCUGGAGAGGCGGUUGCUGGCCGGUGGGCUUCAGCAUCGAGAGAGUGGAGCCUGCAGUUCUUCCGCAGCCCCCUGGAAGUGUUGCCCGGCACUGACGGGAAGCAGGCAAGAGCCAUCCGGAUGGCUGUCACCAGGCUGGAAGGUUCAGGCGAAACUGCCAAGGCAGUUCCUACUGGAGAAGUGGAGGAGCUGAUGUGUGGUUUGAUUCUCAGCAGCAUUGGCUACAGGAGCCUCCCCAUUGACACUUCUGUGCCCUUUGACCCCAAGCAAGGGAUUGUCCCCAACAGUUCAGGCAGAGUUCUGGGGACACCAGGACUCUACUGCAGCGGCUGGGUAAAGCGGGGGCCCACAGGCGUAAUCAUCACCACUAUGAAUGACAGCUUUGACACAGCCCAGUCUGUCCUGGAGGACCUGCAGUCUGGUGCAUUAGACCUUUCAGACACUAAGGAAGGUGGUGAAGGAAUGAGGGGCAUCCUUCAGUCCAGAGGGAUCCAUCCAGUUUCUUUUUCUGAUUGGGAGAAGAUUGACGCUGCUGAAGUGUCAAGAGGCAAGCUAGCUGGGAAGCCUCGGGAGAAGAUAGUGGAUCCGCAGGAAAUGUUAGAAUUGAUCGGUCGUUGAGAUGGGCGCUUGUGCUGUGAGAACUGUGCCGUAUCUCUGUAUCUCUCAAAGAUGCAUUAUCCAUAAAAGACUGUGCAGUCAUUGUUCAUCGGUCUACAGAUGUUCUGAAGAUAGAAAACAUGCAGCACUAGUGAGACAGCAUUUAUUCCAAAUUUCUAAAUGCUCUGAAUUUGCUACAGGCUUGUGGCCACUGCAAGCAGUGGAGUUUGUCCAGAGCUCUGACUACUUUGGGGGAGGGGGGGGGUUGCUGUUCCCUGUACUUUUCUGGAGUGAAUUCCUGAUCCCAUUCAGGAGCAGCAGCCCAAAAGAGGCAAUGGCUCACUUCUCUCUUUUCUAUAACUGUUGCAGAGGAGGAGGCCCGUGAGUCAUUCAAGCAAGUCAGGUACUUUGGUUGAAUUUCAGGGUUUUAUGGACAGGACUAAGUGCCUUAUUUGUUCUUGUGGUCCUUUUUAAAAAAAAUUAUUAUUUUAAGCUC